AUGGCCGCUGCCGAUGUCCUGGCAUUCGACCGGCCUUGCCGCUUGGCUGUUCUGUUCAACGCAUUGACUGGGGGUUCAUACCAUCGCUCUUCCUCGAGAUGCACCUCGCAGCAGGGCCAACGACUAAUUGUGCCCACUAUCUUCCUGCAGCGGCUCUCUCGACAUCAUGCAACGUCUGCAGCGACUUCGUCCGUUCAUCAUAGCAUAACGCCUCCCAACGCCGACUCGACUGCUCGCCGACAUGUACUACACCUUGAUUCCCUCCACCCGCCGGCCCCAACCCAACCGGAGCGGCCAAAGAGAUCCCGGUCGAGCCUCCUCGAGGAUCCGAGUCUCAUUGUUAUUAUUGACUUCACCUCUGAAGACGGCCUCAUUGCCUGCAAAGGCAAGAAAAACAAAAACAAAGGCAAGUCCAGCAACAACAACAAAGCUCCAGACGGGCCGUCGAAGGAACGCAGCGAGAGCCCCGACGGAAAUGGCGGUGGGGAUCAGGGUGGUAGUGGUGGUAAUGCGGGCCAGGGCGGAGCUGCAGGUGACGGAGAUACUAAUGCUGGUGGUGGCGGUGAUGGGGACAAGGAUAGUGACAAGGGUGCAAACAAUGACAACGCGCAACAUGAUUUGUCGGUGCCUCCCAAAGGCAGCCAAAAGGAUACCAAGGCCAAAAACGGCCCUGAGACCGAGUCUCCUCAUCCUCCAACCAACGCGAUCGACGACGACUCUCUUCACGACGUGAACCUCAACGACAACGGCGGCAAAGCUUCCGAUCCUGGGCUGCACGCGCACGAGUCCAAGAGUGGAUUUGGGGCCUGGAGUAGUAAAUUGGUGUCGCUUGUUGGUGGUGCCGCCAGCGGAUCCUCGAGUGGUAACGAUGCCCAUACCGACGCUGGCGACAAAAACAACAACUUCGAUAUCAAUUCUUGGAGCGCCAGCGCCUCAAAGAAAUCCAGCUCUGUAGCAUUUGCAGUCGCCGAUACCGAUGCGACACAGAGAAAGCCCCAAAACCAAGCCGAGACGCCCCAGGACACUGUAGACGGGGACGAUGACCACUGGGGGUUUACUUCCAAGAAAAAGAGCAAAAAGGUCGAUACCGCACUUGGCUCCCUUGCUGCGACAGCGGUUUUAGGAGUCAACGACGGCCUCACCAAAGGCGACACCGAAAAGACGCACAGCAAGACAGCAAGUGAUUCGUCAGUUGAGGACGAAGUGAAGUCAGAUCCCAUGCCGCCGCCCAGAGGGACGCCCAGGCAGGAGGCGGAGCAGAAGAAGAAGCAGGAAGACGAGGGUUGGUCGUUUGGCUGGGGCUUUGGAAAGAACAAAAAGAAGACCGAGGAGAACGUGAAGCCAUCUGAGCAGCAGAUACCCGUUCCGCCGCCGCCUCCCCCUGCGCCACCUGCGCCAUUCGCGACCCAGGCGGAAGCCGCUCUCCUCUCGGAGAAUGUGUGGGACUCCGUCCCUACUUCAAAGGACAAGAAGAAGAAGAGGGACAAACUAGCGCAGCCCGACAUCGUAUCCGUCCCGGAGCCAGAGUCGAAGGAGCCGGACGACGACCCCUGGAGUUACCCUGGUAAAAAGCAAACCAAGAGAGAAAGGGAAAAAGAACGCGAAAAGGAGGCGGAAAAGGCCAAGGAGAAAGACAAGGACAGGGACAGGAAGAAGUCGAGAGCGGCAACAUCCGACGAAAUAGCUUCGGAGAAACCUCUCUCGCGCAUACCGCUUCCCAAGGACAAGCGCCUCAGUGGCAAUGAACCUUUGUUGGCCGGCAAAGAAGCAUCGCGAAUCACCAAAGAAGCAGUGACAAACGGCAAACCCAAGGAAGCGGAAGUCAAGAAUGACCCAGACGAAGCGAACGCCGGCGCAGCCAAGACCGGGCCUUCUGAAGAGGGUUGGAGCUUCUGGGGGUUUGCAAACAAGAUCAAGGGUGAUUCGAUUACCGGGUCUGGCGCAGACGAAGCUAGAGAAGGGUCAUCAAAGAUAGAAACGCAAAGUCCAAAGUCCUCGGGAGAACACAUCGGCGAGACAGCAGACAAAGCGGACAAGGACAAGGACAAGAAGAACAAGAGCUCAGUUUCCGAUCCGUCCAAGGGCGACUCCAAACUCGACAAGUCCAAGAAGGACAGGAAGAAGGGGGCGACUGAUUUGGUUCAGCUUGGCGCCCCGUCUGCAGACGACUCUAACAACUUAGGGCUGGACACGACAGAUGCUUUUGGCAGCGAAAACUUCUUUGGCUCUUGGGGUAUCGGGAAGAGCGACAAGAAGCGAAGAGACGUCGAAGACUCGUCAUGGAAACCCGAUGUGAUCGAGGAGCCCACCGACCAUACCUCGCCUCAGGACAAGAAGAAGCCCACGUUCAGGGGUGGCCCAGUGGAAGUUUUGGAUGAGACCACCGGUGAGAUUGUCCAGCCUGACGACGUAGAGGAGGUCAGGGACGGCAAGGCUGAGGGUGUCGACAGCUGCGUAUGGACAACGUCCAGCAAGGCAUUGUCAAGAUACCAGAAGGGGGCCUUAGCUGAUCCGCCUCCCCGUGCGCCCACACCCCCCUCGAUGCAUUUUACUGAACCUGAAGAUGAAGCAGGAGAUGCCGAUGCCAAAUCGAAACUCAAAUCAUCCAGAGACAGAGAAGCGGACAAGGUUCCCAAGCUGACCGAUAAGGACCUCAAGAGGCUCGAGAGGGAGAAGAAGAAGGCCGAUAGGGAAGCCGAUGAACGACUCCGACAAGAAGAAUCUGAUCGAAUGGCGGAAGAGCAAAAGGCACAGGAAGCCGCUCGUGAGGCAGAAGAGAAGGCUCGGAUCGAGGAGGAAGCCGAAGCUGCGGUCGCCGCCAAGGAGGAGGCCGAUAUAGCUGCGCUGCUUGAAAAGAAGGGCAAGAGGGGCAAGCUGACCAGGAGAGACCAGGAUAAGCUUACCUCCCUGGAGGAGAGUGCCGCAAUCCGGGCUGAGCGACGAGCUGCGAGAGAAGCCAAAGCACGGGAGGCCGAGGAGCGUGCCGCCCAAGAAUUGGCAGCUCGAGAGGCCGAAGAACAAGCAGCCCGCGAAGCUGAGGAACGAGCUGCUCGCGAGGCAGAGGAACGUCAAGCCAUCAUUGCCGAGGAACGAGCAGAAAUGAAAGCCUUGCUCACGAAGAAGAUGAAGAAGAACAAGUUGCCUCGGAAGGAAGAAGAGAGACUCGUCCAGCUUCAAGAAAACGCCGCAAAACGUGCUAAAGAGCGUGCUGCUCGCGAAGCCCAAGACCAAGACUCAAAAGAGGCUCCAAGACAACAAGAGCCAGACGAACCCCGGACCGAGACUGCGGAAGAAGUAGAGGCUGCCGAAGCUGCAGUCACUAUCCCAGCGGAAGAUGAGGACAAUGUCGAUGAUGAGCAGCAGCAGGCAAAUCGCGAAGCUGAGGAACAGGCCAUCCGUGAAGCAGAAGAGCGAGCGGCCGCUAUCGUCAAGGAAGAGGAGGAGGAAUUGGCGGCGCUGAUGACAAAGAAAACGAAACGCGGCAGGCUUCUCAGGAAGGACGAGGAGAGGCUCGUUGCGCUCCAAGUUAAUGCCGCACGACGCAAAGAAGAAGCAGCCCGAGAAGCGGCACGGUUGGCCGAAGAGGAAGAGCGGGCUGCCCGUGAAGCCGAAGAGCAAGCUUCUCGUGACGCUGAGGCUGUCGCCCAGGAAGCUGCCCGUCAAGAAGAGGAACGUGCCCGAGAGGCUGAGGAGGAAGCCGCUGCCAUCGUUCGAGAAGAAGAGGAACUGACGGCUUUGGUCGCAAAGAAAGCUAAACGAGGCGGUAAACUCCUAAGAAAGGACGAAGAGAGGCUUGUUCUACUCCAGGAUAAUGCUGCUAAGCGAGCCGAUGAGCGAGCUGCUCAGGAAGCCGAGAGAGCUGCCCGGGAAGCUGAGGAGCAAGAGCGUGAGGCCCAGGAACGAGCCGCUGCUAUCGCCCAAGAAGAGGAGGAACUAGCCGCUCUGGAAUCGAAGAGAGCGAAGAGAGGCAGGCUUCUCAAAAAGGACGAUGAGAGACUCGCAUUUCUUCAAGCCAACGCCACAAAACGGGCCGAGGAGCGCGCAGCCCAGGAAGCGGAACAGGCUGCACGGGAAGCUGAAGAGCAAGCCGCUCGAGAGGCUGAACAAGCAGCGAAGGAAGCUGAAGAACAGGCUGCGCGAGAGGCCGCAGAAGCUGCAGAGGCUGCCGCAAUUGCCAAGGAGGAGGAGGAGAUUGCUGAACUGAUCAAUAAGAGAGACAAUUCGUUCAUGGGCAUCUCAAGUAAAGGAGAGCAGCGAUUAAAACUCCUUCAGGCCAAGGCAGCAAAACGAGCUGAAGAGAAAGCGGCACGUGAAGCAGCCAUUGAAGAGGAGCGGGCUAGGCAAGAAGCUGAGCGUGCUGCACGUGAAGCUGAGGAGCAGGCCGCGCGGGAAGCCGAACAAGCAGCUAGGGAGGCAGAGCAGGCAGCCAAAGAAGCCAAAGAGCAAGAGGAGCGAGAAGCCAGAAAGGCCGCUGCAAUUGCUAAAGAGGAAGAAGAACUGGCUUAUCUCCUCGAGAAGAAAGCCAAGUCAUACAAGGGCAGACUUCUCAAUCAGGCAGAAGAGAGAAUCAUCCAGCUUCAGGCCAACGCCGCUAGACGAGCUGAAGAAAAGGCGGCACGGGAAGCUGAGGAACAAGCGGCUCGGGAAGCUGAGGAGGCAGCCAGAGAAGCCGAGCAAGCAGCUAAGGAAGCCGAGGAGCUUGCCGCUCGGGAAGCAAAGAAACUCGCCAUGAUUGCUGAAGAGGAAAAGGCAUUGGCGAUGUUACUGGAAAAGAAGGCCAAGUCGAAGCUGUCGUCCAAGGGAGAAGAGAGGUUGAAGAUUCUUCAGGCCAACGCUGCCAAGAGGGCUGAAGAGAAGGCUGCGCGAGAGGCUGAGGAACAAGCCGCCCGGGAAGCUGAGCAAGCGGCUAAGGAAGCCGAGGAGCAAGCUGCUCGGGAGGCGGCAGAGGCCGCUGCGAUUGCAAAGGAGGAGGAAGAACUCGCCUACCUCCUUGAAAAGAAAGCCAGGUCGUAUAAGGGAAAGAUGCUCAACCAGGCAGAAGAGCGGCUGGCCGAGUUGCAGGCGAAUGCCCAACGGCGCGCUGAAGAGAAAGCGGCACGGGAAGCUGAGGAGCAGGCAGCCAGGGAAGCCGAAGAGCGAGCCGCGCAGGAGGCCGCAGAAGCUGCCGCAAUCGCCCAAGAAGAGGAAGAGAUUACCCUUCUACUCAAGAAGAAAGCCAGCUCCUUCAGAGGCCUGUCGAGCAAAGGAGAACAGCGGUUGGGCGAGUUGCAGGCCAAUAAGGCAAGGCGAUUGAAGGAGAAGGCCGACCGAGAAGCUGAGGAAAAGGCCGCUCGGGAAGCCGAGCAGGCAGCCAAAGAGGCGGAAGAGCGGGCUGCCCAGGAGGCCCUAGAGGCUGCUGCCAUCGCGCAGGAAGAGGAAGAGAUGGCAGCGCUCCUGGAUCGAAAGGCCAACUCCUUCAUGGGCCUGUCAAGCAAGAACGAGAGGCGUCUAAACGAGCUUCAGGCAAAUGCUGAGGCGCGCGCAGCUCGUAAAGCCGAAGAGCAAGCAGCAUUCGAAGCAGAACAAGCUGCAAAGGAGGCAGCAGCCAUUGCCGAAGAGGAAAAGGAACUGGCCGAUCUCCUGCACAAGAAGGACAGGAAGGGCAAGCUGUCCAAGAAGGACAGUGAACGAUUGGCUCAUCUUCGAGACAACGCGGCAAGGAGAAAGGAAGAGCAGGCCGCACGCGAAGCCGAGGAAGCCGCCAACGCCAAGCAAGACGGUGACGAUGGAGACGAGGAUGUCCUUGAUGACGCUGACAACGCUAACGACAAUGAUGACGACGUCGACGCUGACGACAAUGAUGAUAUUGAUGCCGAUGCCGAAAAUGAAGCCAUUCGCCUAGCUGCCGAAGAAGAGGAGGCGGCCCGCGAAGCUGAGGAGCAGGCAGCCCGCGAGGAAGAGGCGAGAGCCGCUCGAGAGGCUGAAGAAAAGGCCGCACAGGAAGCUGAAGAAGCCGCGAGGAAGCUGAAGAAGAGCUCCAAGAAGGACAAGAAGGACAAAGACGACAAGAAGGACAGGAAGGACAAGAAGGACAAGAAGGACAAGAGGUCUCGGGAUGUCCCGUCCGAACCUGAGGCGGAGCCGGUUGCAGAGGAGGAACAACCAGAAGCAGGAACCAAACCGUUCCCCGAUUUCGACUUGAGCCCUGCUGAGAUUGAAGAGCUGCUUGCGCCCAAGGAGAACAACGCAUCAGGUGCGUUCAGCUUCUGGGGCCUAGGCGGCAAGAAGUCGAAGCCCAAAGAGGAACCAGAGUCUCGAUCUGCCGACGAUACGUCUUUAAAAUCCUCGGAGCAGCCAAGAUCUCUCGGCGGUAGGAUCGCCCAGGGCCUCAAGGCUUUUCAAGAAGAACCGGAAGAAGUAGCCGAUCCCACCCUUCCACCAACCCCCCCACCGGCAUCAGACUCGGACAAAGAGAAGCCCGCGGAGCAACAAGACCAAGAAGCGGCGGAUGAUAAACAGGUGGCCAGGAAAGAACCAACAGCUAACUUUGAACAGGCGGCCGAAGAUUUGCAGUACGGAGAGGAUGUAGCAGAACAGCCAGCCGCCAAGAAGGAGUCGCGAGAAGAUCGUGCUCGGAGACGCCGAAAGGGGGAGGAGCCCAUCAACGCAGCAGCCAGAGACCUUCCGAGGAGGCACCGCAGGCCAUCCGAUGUUCCAGGCACAUUCCCUGACGAUGACGACGAAAACGAAAUCGUUGCCAUUAUCGACGAAGCUCCAAGAAGAGAAAAGGACAGCACGAAGAGGCACAAAAAGCGACGUCCCAGAGAGGAUGUGGUAGAACCACCUCCUCCUCCGCCAAUGGUCCCGAUGCCGCCACCUCCUCCUCCUCCCGCGGCCCCUGACCCGCCUUUGACGCCGCCCCCGGAGCCGAAAUCGUCAAGAAAAGAUCGAUCGAGAUCCAGCCGAGAGAAGGAGAAGUGGCCCGCAGUGGAAUCCCCUCCACGCAGGGAGAGGGAGGAAAAGAGGUCGUCGAGGCACAAGUCGGAGAAGUCGUCCAGACGUGCGAUUGAAAAGACGUCCUCCAGAGAAUCCACUUCUGACAGGGUGGAGCGACCGGAGAAGCCGUCAAGGGCAUCGGGGCGAGAUCGAAUCUCGGGAAUGUUCAGCGGCAACCCCCCUACUCGAUCAAUGUCAACGCGAGAGAAGGAGAGGCGCCCGGGCAUGAAUGGGAGCAGCAAGCCAUCCAGGAGACACUCCAUCCACACCCACGGUCUUGCUUCUCCCCCUCCGGAAGAGGUCCUCACGUCAAAGGCCGCUAAGAUUCUUGGCUUCGACAAGUCGGGCUCAAAGAGGAGAUCUCGCAGGACGACCCCCCAGGAUGACGAGGAUAUUGUCAUGAUGGGUGCUCUCAAUGUCGAUGACGAUGCCGAUGUUCACGCGCCUUACGGACAGGAAAGACAUCGAAGCAAACGAUCCCGCGACGAGGACGUCCUCCCGAUGGAGCCUCCCAGCCCAGAGCGGCCAGACAGGCGAGGAACGUCAGCUUCCAAGAAGACUGGGCUAUCCGGGCUGUUCAGUGGCUUCAUGACACCCCGAGCGUCCAAGGUUGAGACGGGCGUCGACUUUGAUGUGCCUGCGGGGGAUACCGAUCGAGAAGGUCCUCGGGUGUCUAGCCGGAAGACCAGAAAGCCGGAGCGAGAAGCAGAGCGGCCUGCUGAGGACCGCGAACGGCGACGGAAGCGCAGAGACGACAGCGAAACCCGCAAGCUUGAAGAAAAGGAGGCUCGCCGUGAGCGGCGUGCGGCUCGGCAGCGUGAGGAGGAGGAGCGGCGCGCGGCAGACGAGCGAGAGGCUCGGAGGGCUGAGCGGCGCCUUCGUAAAGACAGAGAGAAGGAGCGGGAGCGGGAGAGGGAGAGAGAAGAGGAGGCUGCGAGAGCAGCCAAGCGUCAGCGUCGCAGAUCGCAUCCCGAUCAAACCGAGGAUGAAGCUGCUGAGCGGCAGCGUAGACGCGAAGCGAAACGUGCUGCAAGGGCUGCUGAGGAGGAGGCAGCCGCGGCAGCAGCCCACCGGCAGAGGAAGAGCAGUCGGCGAUAUACCGAACCGACGACGGAUGACCACAUCUAUCCAGUCAAGGAGCGUCGACGUGACGGCAAAAGAGCGGCCCCGACGAACUGGCCACACUCCGGGACAUCGUCAUGGGUCAAGGAGCAUUCCGACCCCCCUCCGCAUUUGGAUGAUGCCGGACAUACGACAGAUGCGAUGCCGCAUACUGAAGACGAGCACGCCCGACGCGAGGCGCGGCGCGCAAGGCGGAGAGCCAAGUACGAAGAGGCGCCUGUGGAAGACGCAGACGAGAAGCGCCGCCGAGAGAGGCGGGAGCGACGCGAGCGGGAGAAGCGCAACGGCGUGUCUGAGGGAAGCGAUGAGCGACAUCGCAGCCGACGAAACUCUGCAGCGGCAGCAGAGCCGGCGCCUCGGAGCAGCUGGUGGAGGAGGUUUGGCUGA